GACCGGUAUCCUGACCAAUGAGAGAAGCGUGGACCUGCAGGAGAGGGCGGGGCUAUGCAAAUACAGAGCGGUGCUUUCAGUAGGAUCAGAGAUGCGCUCCAACUCUCAGCCAUUGGUCCGCUUGCGCGCGUGCAAGACAAACCUUGUAAGAAAAUCCCGUUUGAAUUCACGAUGGCUUCAAAGUGCCCUAAAUGCGAAAAGACUGUGUAUUUUGCUGAGAAGGUGUCAUCACUGGGGAAGGACUGGCACAAGUUCUGUCUGAAGUGCGAGCGCUGCAGUAAGACCCUGACAGCGGGCGGCCAUGCUGAGCAUGAUGGGAAACCAUACUGCCACAAGCCAUGCUAUGCUGCCCUCUUCGGGCCAAAAGGUGUGAACAUCGGGGGUGCAGGAUCAUACGUGUACGAGGCUCCCGCCAACACUUCCCCACCCGCAUCCACCGUAGACUCUGCACCCAAACCUCAGGAGAAAUGGGUCCCAGCAUCUUCAAGACCGCCAUCUAAAGCUGGAAGCCUCACCACCUUCUCUGGGGAAGCCAACUUGUGUCCCAGAUGUAACAAGAAGGUCUAUUUUGCUGAGAAGGUGACAUCACUGGGGAAGGACUGGCAUCGUCCGUGCCUGCGCUGUGAAAGAUGUAGUAAGACCCUGGCAGCAGGAAGCCACGCAGAGCACGAUGGUCAGCCCUACUGCCAUAAACCGUGUUAUGCUGUCCUCUUCGGCCCAAAAGGUGUAAACACUGGUGGUGUUGGCAGCUACAUCUACGACAAGGAGCCCAACACAGAGGCUCAGCCUUGAUUUUCAGUCUUUAGGAAGCCCAAUUACACUAUAUUAACAGCCACUAGCAGUACCUCACACACUCUCACAUACACCCCACUUCAUGCCUUAUUUAUCACGGAUAACCUGUUCUAGCUUGGAUCUUUCAGCAGAAAAGUGACGCCACAAGCCUUCAGCUCCAUCUGCACCACUGACAGUCACUUGGGCUGCUCUUAUUGGUCCACUUGAUAGUCCUCUACCCCAACUGUCCGCAACAAGAGGGAAAUUUAAGCUUUGUGAUAUACACACACUGAUCAUUUCUGACUUGUCCUAUGAGUAAUUUAAAAGUAAUUUAUUUAAUUGUAUACACUACCUUUGUUUGUGUAAUGUUGCAUAUAGCUCACCUACAAAUGAAAAACCAAUACCACGCUUCCACAUUACUGCAUGUACAGUAGGAUGUGUGUUCUAGUAGCAGAUAAAACAACAGAAGUUCACUUGGGAAGCUUUGUUUCAUGCUGUUUGAAUGCCUGCUGACAGAGAGAUGAAUCUCACCUCAGAGGCUUCGUGCAGGUGCGUUUGGGAGCACAUUAUCAUAAAUCUGAAAAAUAUUCUCAAACCCAGAUUUACUUCUUGGCCAUGUGGCAACAUUCCUGAGUUAAAACAUUUUCAGAGAAGAUCUUCAAAAUGCAUACAGACAGUAAAUUAAAAUGACCAAGCUCUUAUUUUUAAGAUCCUGCUGCUCCCGGAGGGCCACCGUCCUGCAGAGUUUAGCUUCGACUCUAAUUAAAUACACCUGAACCGGCUAAUCAAGGUCUUCCGGAUUACUAGAAACUUCCAGGCUGGUGUGUUGGGACAGGAUGGAGCUAAAUUCUGCAGGCCCUUCGGGAGCAGCCCUGGACACCCCUGAUUUAUGGGGUAGCUAGUGGAAGUCCACAGGGACAGAUGGUGUAUGUGAUUGGUGCUUGGUGACCAAGUAGCUGCAGCUAAUAUUUCUGAUGCCAAUCUAGUAGUGUUCCAUAAGGAAUUAAGGAAAAGAUAUGAAUAAUCUUUUGUAUUGUUUGUGAUUUAAAUAUUUUAGAUGAACCCCAGUUUCUUAAAGUGCUGAAACUGAAGUAUUAUGUUCCUUGUUAGUUCUUUAGCUCAUAAUAAAUUUGACUACAUUCUUACUGAAUGUGCAUUUGUACUCCACGACUGUUAUUGUUGUUAUAAUGUUUUUUUGCUGUAUCAGGCCUAUUUUCUUUUGAGAACUUUCUCAUGCAGAGCCUGCAAAUCAAGUCCUGCUGCUUCUGUAUAUUUAAUCCCAUAUUAAAGUUUACAUAACGCCUUA